AUGAAGAGACUUCUCUGUGGCCGAAAGUACAUUGGUCAUGUUGUAGUAGGUGAAAGUUGAUCGUGAGACAAAUGCAAAGGUGGUUAUGAGGAGUUAGGGUGCUACUAUAACUCAGUAAGCAAUAAUCGUUUAGAAUCAGCGUCGAUUUUGCAUUAGCGAGGACUUGUGGUAUAGUACCCACCAUCACCGUAUCCACUUCAACUAUCAAGGCUUAAGCCAAUAAAAGACCAUAUAUUACGCUUAGACUGUGCUCCUCCAUCUUUAUGUUUAUAAAUUAAACAUUUAACAAUUAUUUUAGCCUCAUAUAACCACAGCUGGUGUUCAUCGGGUAUGCCACUAUAUAAAGCGGGAGAUAAAAGAUUUUCUGAAAAAUUUUUGAAAUUUUUCUGUUUUUACUUUUUUUUUAAAAAAAAAGUAAAUUUUCAGUUUACUUCAAGGAAAAUGCAAAAAAAAGUCAAUUUUGUUUCUGGCUUUCCGACUUCAAGGUCGGGAGUAGGACCGGAUCUUACUCCCCGCUCGGAGUCGCCGAAAGUCAGAGCUUGUUUUUACUUUAUUCCUCUUUUUGGCCCCGCACUGCAGGUUGCAAGGUUGAUGCCAAGUCUUUCCCUGAUGUGUCAAGUUUUUCUCUUCCGAAAAAAUUAUUUUUACGUUUGUGCGACGUUGUGAAGCUAUGUUCUCCACGAAGAUGGGCUGGAAAGUGAUCAAGUAAGUUAGCAUUGGCAAGAGGAGAUGUACGUUUUUCAUUUGACAUCAAAAAUUUCCAUUUUAUUUCAGAGAAAGGUACAAAAUUUUUCCAAUUCGUAAAGCUUCAUGACCAUGGAUAAUGUAAGUGAGAUUAUCUCCUUUUUUGCUACGACGUCAAGAUUCUAAGUCGGGAAACGUUUAGAGGAGACCCCACUCUCAUGUAUAUUCUCCAUGUAUGAAACCCCAUAAAUUUUGAGGAAUAACGACGUAAAAGUUUCAAAUACUAUACUAACUUUCCAAAAGUAUGUUAUACUAAAGUAAAACCUAUGCAAACUAUCUUCAAGUUAUUGUAACAACGUUAUUUGAGCCUUAUUACGUUAUUUCCUCAGUUUAGAACGCAUUCGUGGCAAAAAUCCGGCAGAUCUGAGCGGAUUUCGAUAUUGUACAUGACACCUAGAAAUCGAAAUUGGUGGCGUUUGAUAGAUAGAGUAUAUAACAAAACUAAAGUGAGGUGUCCUCUAGAACUCGCCAGCCUAGAACUGUUAACUCCAAUAACGGAACAAAAAACGCGAUAAGCGCACUUACAUUAUCCAUGGUCAUGAAGCUUUACGAAUUGGAAAAAAUUUGUACCUUUCUCUGAAAUAAAAGGAAAAUUUUUGGUGUCAAAUGAAAAAAGUACAUCUCCUCUUGCUAAUGCUAACUUACUUGAUCACUUUUCAGCCCAUCUUCGUGGAGAAAAUAGGUUCACAACUUCAAAAAAAUCAAAACGUUUCUUCCGGGAGAGAGAAAUUUGACACAUCUGGAAUUCCCGGGCGCAGCUCGCAAAAAUAGUUUUGAAGAAAAUAAAUUGGCGUGCAGGUGAGUAAAAACGGCAUCCUACUCACCAGCCAAAAUGGGCGAGCCAUUUUUGUUUCAACUUUGCGGAUCGACCUUUUGGCGAGCCAUUUUUGAUCCAACUUUCCAAAAAUUUGUCGUUCGGAGUAAGAAUGUUUUUUGACUCUCCGAAAUCGAAAAUUUCCGGAAAUUUUUCAAAAUUUACUUUUUUUUUUAAAAAAAAGUAAAAACAGAAAAAUUUCAAAAAUUUUUCAGAAAAUCUUUUAUCUCCCGCUUUAUAUGUACAAUAUUGCCGGUAAGCAGCGUUUAAAAAAGUUUCGGUUUUUGUUGGUCCCAUAGGUUCUAAUGCUUCCUUUACAUCUUUGAACGGGUUUGCUUCCUCUAUUUAAUUAAAAUACGGCCUGAUUGCUGUUUUAAUAUUCAUUUAAGUAAGCAUGUUAACCGUCACUUCAUUUGAUGAUUUUAGAAAUCUUAAUGUGAAUUCUGAAUUAAUUAUUGGUCUGAAAAGAUCAAGAAAAUUUUUUUAUCCUUUUAGUAUCAAUUACAUCACACUUCUGAUGAAACUGUACGAUUUCUUACUAAACAUGUUUCAUCGUAUACCUUCCUCUGCAAGCUGCGCGUUUUUUAUUUUUUUCCCACCACGAAAGAUACCUUUGAAACCGCCGUGUUGUUCGGAUAAAGUUUUAUAAAGCUUUUUAAAGGUAAGGCCGAUUUACAAUCAGCGGCGUGCUAUCGAGUACCUGACGUCGGAAGUAUUAGAUCCAUUAAUUUUGCAAUUUUACCCUGCCGAUAGUUUUUAUUUGGUACUAAACGGCAGUCGCAGUUAUUUUCUUUUCUCAGCCGUGAUAAUUUUUACAAGAUUGCUGAAUUCGCCUUGCUUUCGAGCCAAAUACCAAGGUAUUUUGGAAUCUAUAUAUUGAGGGAAACAUCUUCUGAUGUAAUUACAGUUUAAUGACGUCCGAAGCUUAAAACGUGGCUGAAAUGUUGACGAUGUACAGAAGACGCCAUUCCGAGUUCGUCGGAUUGUAGUUUCUGGAUUGAGGAUUCCACGAGAUGCCAAGUUUGUGGGAUUAGCCGUGUACAAGAGGGGACCGUGUUAUUUAUGUUCUUGCUGUUUAGCGUUCGUUGAGAGCAUUGCCCUCUGCUUUUUAUAUAUGUUUUCAUCCGCUCUCUGCCUUUCUCUGGUUUGGUGUUCCGCUUUAUAUUGGGAGUGCAGUGUCUCUUUGCUGGUCUGUGAGAGAGCUUCGCUUCAACCGCCGCCUUUUUUUUCGGAGGGUGCGUCCGAAUUUUUGGGUUUUGGUGGAUUCGGAAUGAAGAAAGGGAAUUCGGCUACAUCUAACCCCGGGCGGGAAAUGAAAUGAGAAGGAGUGAGUGGUCGACCUGUCCUCCAGCAGCGAUUCCUCUUAAUUAAAAGCCUUGAUUAGGGUUUAAAUGUGUGAAGCAGGUAUUUCGAGCCCUUGGUCUUAUCAGUUUUUCGGCAAAGUUUUUACUCAGAAACACCUACAGUAAAACAAACGCGUUAGAGGAAGCGUUACGGGCUUUAUGAGUCCUCAUUAUCAUUGUCUCACCAAUUUGUUUCAUAUCUCUUUUUUAUUACAACUGAUAACAUUUUGGCGAAGUAUUCGUUACAUAAAUUGUUUUGCAACAGCACGGGUAUUAGGUGUUUUAUAUCAAGAAGUUUAUUUUUCAAUUAUCUUAGAGCAGCGUCCCCAGCGAUGUUUUGUCGAAUUGCGAGCCAUAUUACUUUUUUAUUGUAAAUUGUACUUUCGAACAUCCCCGCGGACGCUUUCAAGGCUUCGAUUUUUUAGCGGCCACGGUUUUCGAGCAUACCCGGGCUUUCAGGACGUGGGCCGACUUCCCCGGCCGCUUGCCCCCAUCCAGCACCCAAUUAGGACCAUCCAUCACCAAACGUGCCUGUAUGCCCAUUUAAGGGGACGGAUUUGAGGACGGUAGUCGUGGCAACAGCGGGCCGUAUCCUGUUCGUGGCGUUCUUUUAGAUCCCUCGGUUGUAAUUACUUUUGUUCAGACAAGUGCAUGGACGGCCAGACUGUGGUCCAGCCGGUGGGCGCGGAGCUCAACGGAGUCCCGAACGGUGGCAUGUUUCCUCCGGGCGCCAAUCAGUACCCCUGCUGGUCUCAAGGAGGGCCCCAACAGCACCGGCCUGAGAUGCCCUCAACUUCCAAUGGGGCCCCCAUGCAAUUCCAAGACCCCUCUCCCAACUUUUACAACGCCGGAGGGAUGGCUCCGCCUAAUUCGGCUCCUCCAUCGGUCGGCUACUUCAAUCAACAACAACCUUACUUCAACAACAUGCAAGGCAUGCCCAAUCAACGACCUCCUGGAACUCCUGAAUUCCAACCACCACCUUCUUACAACCCCCAAAUGGCCCGAGCAAAUCCCAUGAAUCCUGUGCAACGACCUCAAUUUCCUCAGCAACCGCCUUUGAUCAGUCGGGGAAUGAGCAAUCCCCAACUGAUCUCGCAACGAAAUAGCUAUGUCUUUACUACCGAUAUGUUGAAUUUAGCUACUCAGGACGUGAAGCAAGGGCGCUAUCCAGGACUUGUUCAAUGGCAUCAAGCCAGACAGAUGUCUCAACCGAACCCGGUUAUGAAUCACAUGAUGGACAAUGGACAACGGAAUUCCCCCAGUUUUCCUUCAGCUCAACAGCCUAACCGAAGUCUGAAACGAAAGAACACAGCUCAAUCUGUAAGUUGCUAAUGUUUUUUUGGAUUGGUCUGUUUAGGAUCAUAAUCCUAGUCCAUCCCCGCAAUCCAUGCAGAAUGUGGAUUUCAAGCAGCCAAUGUCGAAUCAAAACCCGCAAGAUAUCAAGCAGGAACCAAACACGGCUGAUGAGAACAACCCAUUGAAGUAAGUAUCACAAUUCAUUUCUAACAUCUGUUUAGGAAAAUGGAAAUAAUGGCUUCCUUUUCCAAUGAACCCCCAACCAAGAAUAUGAAGACUGAGAUCUCGAAUGGGAAGUCGAAGUAAGUGCAGUUCUUGAAGGUCUUCUCCGUUAAUUUUCUGAUUUGUUUAUACAUAAUUUUUGCAAACACAUUGAAAAUAUAAUUUUUUUAGAGAAGAGAAGAUGGCUAAAUUGGAUGAAAUACAACGAUCACUUGAACAGCCUCAAUUCCACCCGAACAUGAGAUUCCGGGGAUUCCCCGGCCCGUACCCUCCAAAUCAGAUCCCUCCUCAAUUCAUGAAUGGGCAGAAUUUCAUCCCCCAAGGCUAUAAUCCUCAAAUGCAGCUCAAUGGAAUGCCCCAAGGCAUGGUGCCGAAUGGGAUGCCGCCUUCGUCUGAUCCAAGCCAAAUGUCCUCCUUCCCAGGCCAGCCCAUGAAUGCAGGCCCCAUGCCCCAAAACGGAUUCCAAGGUCAUAUGAAUUCCCCCAGGUUUAUGGGACCUAAUAUGGGACAAGCAAUGAUGGGAAUGCCUGGAAACGAUCGACCGAUGCCUGGUGUACCUUAUCAACCUGGAAUGGAGAUGAGUAAGUAGUGUCGUUCUGAGUGAUGACGCAGAAUAAACUCUUGAGGUUACUUUUUUAUUCUACUUUUAGAUAUGUCGAGAGGCCUAAACCCCCAAGAACAAUAUGCAUGGAAUCAAAACAUGCCGCAGCCCCUAACUAAUCUCGAUUCCCGCGUACCCAACCAGAAAAUGCAGUAUUACGGGAAUGGCCAACCCCCUAUGGGUGGCCCAAUGCCACCGCCAGCAUCAUCGUCUACUACAUGA